CAUCAGCAGCAGCAGUCGCAUCACGUUCCACCGCAGCAUCAGCAUCCGAUCAUACUCGGUCAACCUGUCGUGCAUUCGCAUUCGCCGCAGACCUACAGCGCGGUGGUUACCACGAAUACACCUCGCUUCCUGACGAAUGCCGGUGAGUCCGUUUUACUUGAUUGGCAUGUAUUCUCUGCUUUCCUGCGUGCUGCCUCAGCUUUUCUCCAACGAUCUGCCUACAUGCGACCUGUCGAGCGUCAUCUGCCCUCGUCAGGGCGGUUUUUAUUUCGUGAGCGUCACACGCGUCGUGACGCUCGUGAAGGAUUCGCUGAAAGGCACGAGUCACCACGCAAUUGUCUCUUCGCCCAUCUCGCGCAUGCACCUUGUGUACGUAACAAAGUGUUAUUUGAGGUUAGGGUGACCACACGCGCGACAUGUGUCCUGCGUGCUGCGGACGAUGUCCUUUCUCGUGUAUCCUAAUUUGUUUUUUAUUGUUCGGAUGCGACGACCAUGAUGAUUACGAUGCCUCGGUCAUCCUUCAUACAAAUUUCUAAGACACGGAGGGAGAUUAUUCAUUUCUCGCGUCGACUCAUACGUCAUUCGUGAUCGUAAACACAAUGUUUAUGCAACAAAUUUGCAAUCUCGUCUCGCGAAUCGCUAUGUGCCCCUUCGUUUUUUCUGCGUGAAAGGAAAAUUGUAUUUUCGUGAUCUGGCCGCGCCAAGUUCGACAAACUCGGGCGUGCAAGUGGAACGACGGUCAGUAAUGCUCGCAAUGCUUCUUUUCCUGGCUUCCGUAAUCUCGUUAAAGCGGUUUGCGCAUUCAGUCCAGCAAUACUUAUCAGCAGAGUUACGUCCCUGAGUUACGUUUCCCGACGUUGCCAUCGGUACAGAAACGCGUAGUAAAUAUUAUUUACUUGUACUUCUGGAUCGUGCGUUUUUUUAUUUAUACUAAUGUAUUGUGUUGCGAAGGUGGCAUGCUCUAUGUACGAAACUCGACGCGUUGAUGCUUCUAUAUAGCUUGUUAUAUACAGCGAUUUCGUAAUUGUCUGGUCAAACUAUUUGAGAGAUAACGGUUGCCUCGAGGCAGAGAAAUAAUAUUUCUAUAUAUAUUGUCUACGAGUUCCACGAAACGAUAUAAUCAAACGGAUGGCACAUGUACCUGCGACGUUUUGUAUAAAUGAACAAAAAGAAAAACUUAAAGAAAGAACAUCUUGACUAAACUUUAAUACAAAGAAAAACUGAAGCGUGAAUCAGCAAAUUCGUCGUUCCACGUAUAUAUAACGCAGAAAAAUGUAAUCUUUCGGAACAGGUAACAGUUUUCUGAAAAGCAAGUUAUGGGAGUGUUAAAUGGGGAUUCGGUACGUGCUUUCACUUUCGUCUUGGCGCAGGCCAACGUAAAUCGCCACUCGUCGUGUAACAAAAAAAAGUUUGCGUGCUAACGCUUAUUGAGGCGAUCGGCCGCUUAUCGCUUGUUUUCCAUCUAUAUCUAUCAGCGAUACCAAUCGACGUAGGUAGCAUCCCGUCCGCUCGUCUUCCGCUUUUUACUUCCCUCUCUCUCUUUCUCUCUCUCUCUUUCUCGCGAUUCUCGCGAAACAAGGACGCGGCUUUUCAUUCGUGCGAAACAAACGGCAAGCGAAUGGAUAAUAGGCCUGCGUGAGGAGGAGGGCGUGGAGGUAACCAUGAUUGGCCGAUCGCGGCGUGCGGUAAACUGUUGAAUCGUGCCUAUUAAAAGCGGAGGUGGGAAACAGAAGAGUUUCCUGCGUGCAAAUAUCGCGACGUCAAUCGUCUCGACGGUAAUCCAGAUUUGUUCUUGCAGGGGGAGGGGGAAUAGUAAAUAAGUUUUUUUGGAGUAACUUUUUACUCCAAGAUACAUGACAAUGCACAAUUUGCAGUGCUCGGUGGAAUUACAAUUACGUGUAUUUGAUUAGAAUUGAAUUUAACAUAAUAAUGUACAUAAUGAUUUUCCUCCAAAGAAAAAUGUGUGUUUUAUAAAAUUAUUUUUUCUCUUUCCUCUCUCUAUCUCUUUCUCUUCUGAAAAUUGGUCAGAUAUGAACGUGCGUCAUAUGGAAAAUGAUUAUAAGAAAUUCCCGGAAAGCUUCGCGUACGUGCACGCGUGUAAUAGACUAACGGAGAGACGAUAAUAAAAAGAGAGAAGGAGAGAGAAAGAUUUCGCGAAAGAAUAGGAUGUAAGAAGUCCGAAGUGCUACGAAGCCGACCGAGUGGUUGCUUCGGCUAGUACAUGUGGCAAUCGCAAUCACACAGUAUGUACACACGCGAUUUCUUUCUCGUUGAAGUUGCGCGAUCGAGAUAAUUCGGCCGUGGUGUCGCGACUGCGAGUCCAGAAGUGCGACACGAAGCAACUGGGAAUAGGUCGUCGGGAGAGUUGUCCGCGAUCAACGACGUGAAUCGAGAGACCUGAAUCGCGUGGCGUUCGCCGUUCGCGCGUCGCGACUUGGCAGCUGGUUCCGAUUAUCGCGACGAGAGGUCCCUCGCUAUCAGGGACACUUGCAUUCUCGUCGUGCCUGCUCGCGGACAGCCUGGUUCGCUGUCGUGGGAACAUAUGGUGGAAGCCACGUGCCGGGACGUGUCAUAAAUGCCUCUGCCGCGAGUGUCGUGCCGGGGAAAAACCCACGCUCGAGUCUCCCGUCGAAUAAUUUCUCGCCGCUAAUCGUCAAACGAAACGAAACGGAACGGAUGAUAUCGGUAUUGGCGCGCGCGAGCGGGCGACGGUGUUAGCGCAAGACGGCGCGGGAUACCGAGAGCUGCCUAGCAGCUACUAACGCGCCUGAAAACGUCACUCUCUCUUGAGAAGGCAACGGAAAAAAGAGAGAGCGAGAGAAGAGACCGCCGUCGCAGCGCGCCUCCGCUCUACGUUCUACGCGCAGGUUAUAUAAUUUCCUCCAAGCGUUUCUUUUCGUUUCUGUCACGGCGACCAUAUGUAAAGUCGAUAUCGGGACGCGCUAGGCUCCGUUUUCCCGUUUCCCGUGAAACGAGCAAACGCAUCCCGGCCGGACACGCGCGGAUAUUACGGCCGCCCAUGCGACCGCGUGUCUCACGAUCGCGCGCCGACGAACGGGUGGACGUGGCCACCAAUAGACGUAAUUCGUGCUGAUAAACAUGCGCCCGAUCGUCACGGCCACCGUGUGUCCAGCGUAACUUCGAUCAUCAGCGAGUCAACGAGGUGAGGACGACGGUAACGGCGUCGGCUGACACGCACGAGAUGUCCGCGGUGAUGGGGUCGGAGUUUCAUGUACCUGGACAAAAUUACGGUGCCCAACCAGGGGGCCAGGUGGGUGGGGGAGCUGGUAACGUAGGAGUGCCUGCUGGUAGAGGGCCGCCGUCACUUGGUGGUAUACAGACGAUAGGACAAUCCACUGCAGGCAUACCGCCAGGAGGUCCCGCUGGAGGACAAGCACCUUCACAAGUCCCGACGCCUGGUGUUCAAUCGCAACCGCCACAGGGCCCAGCGCCCACCACAACACCCCCUGUGCACACACCAUCGUCACAAGAAAUGGGGAAACAAGCUCAUCUGCAGACGCAGCCGCCGUCUCUGCCUCAGGUUUACGUGCAGACGCAAAAUAGACCAACAUCUCAAGGUUACUAUCAGACGGGUCCAAGGCCACAACAGCCUAGAGGAAUUAGUCACAGAGGUGGUCAAGGUACCAGUGGGACACCAGUAGUUGGGAUGGCCGGAGUAGGAGGUGGUGGGCAACCACCUGCCAUAUAUCCACACCCAGCCGGCUUACCGGUACAAGCAGCAGGAGCAAUGUAUGUUCAAGGUCAGGUACAUGGGCUACAUACUGGACCACAUCAGCAGUCUGUUUACCCGAUGAACAAUCAAAUACCGAUUCACCAGUUCUCUGGUCCGCCUCAAAGACACCAACCACAUCAAAAUCAAACAGCAUUUUAUCAGACAACGUUUCAAUCGUCACUCAUAGCAGCACAGCCAAAUGUGUUCGGAUAUACUCACGGGCCGCCGCAGCAUGGCUAUUAUUAUACAGCGUCAAACACGAUGGGUUUGACCAGAACGAAUGCAAGUGCCGUCAGCGGUGGAGCGCAACAUGUUCCAGGACCGCUGGCCGGUACCCAAGGUGCUCCAGUUGUACCACAAGGUACACUUCAGCCACCUACUCAGCAAGCGCAAUCCUUGCCCCCAAUGGGCAUCCCAUUGUCUCAAGCAGACGUAUACUCGGGACACAAUGGUGGUGUAACCACGACUAACAACACCAUCAGAUCGAGAAAACCGAGAGGACAAAAUGCCAUUUUGGACAUUGUGAAUCCGCUAACGGGGAAGAAUAUAAGCGAUGAAAUUUAUAAAGAUAACGAAACUACGCAGAGUGGUGAAUCCAGUAAUCGCGGGACGCCACAGCCACAGAAUAAUGGUGCGGAGGUGAUAGCCGAUUUUGCGGCCCGCGUAGCGAAGGCCGCCACCGAGGAGUCCAACUCGGUAUCCGAAACAACAACCAACACGCCUCAAGCAACGACGCAAAUGCUAUCAAGUACCCAAACCAAUUUAACGAAGGACACGAACAGUCAGUGUAACACUGAACCUCCCACGCCUACGCGAAAUAUAGCCGACGCCGGCAAUAUCGUAUCUACGAUAAAUAGUCAAUCGUUAGAUACUUCUAGUAACACGGCGCAGGUAACCGACUCCGUCGCGACGAAAACGGAGUCGAAAACAUUGCAAUUCCCGGUGAAGGAAUUCCAGCCUAGAAGUGAAGUAAAGAACGUGACGAUCGAAGAAUCACUGAGCGUUCCUCCGGUGGUACCGGUCGCGAACAAGGAAUCCGUUCCCGUGCAGCUCACCGCGACCACCACCACCACCGAAACAACUAAGACUGUAACGGCCGAAAGCGAGCCUGAGGCCGCCGGUGCUGCUACUGGAGUUGCAACUUCAGCCGGAACCGGAUCCGCGACCACCGAGGCGCCUACCAAGAGCGUAAACGCCUCGUCGAAUAUGAUACAAACGCCAAUCACGCCGUACUGGAGUAACAUUACCCAGGAACACAUGAAACCGUCCGCCACUGCCACGAGUGCUAAUUCUGUUCCUGUCAGGGAACCGUUUCCUAAUUUGUCUGCCAAGACUACCGCCGCUUCGUCGAACUCGCCGCCGAGAAGGAAAUCUAACGCUACCGAACUGCCUUCGAAUACCAAAGAGCAAAAGGAGAGGAAAACCCGCGAGAAGAGCCUCGGCUCCAGAGGUACCACUCCUACGCCCGUUUAUUCCAGUCAGGACCACCACCAUCAUCAAAAGGCAAACGGUGAUGCGACCGGCGAGAAAUCCGAAACGGAGGUGCUUCCUAGAAACGAGAUUCAGCAAAAACCAUCCGAUGGUAAAGCUAUGCAAAAGCAGAAGAGUAAGAAUAAACUAAAACCGCGCGAUCUGAACCGUAAAGGCGCGGAGAAAGAAGGUACCGACAUGGAUGCUUUUAAUGUAAACCCAACGGCGCCAACGGCGAAAACGGCUGAAAUCAAACCAGACAACAAAGAGCAGCUCAGCUUUGCUGUCAAAGACGCCAACAAAGAAACUGGCAGAGAUACCAAUAAAGAAACGAAAGAGAAAGAAUCUCUGCCCGCCCUUCCAAAAACGGAGAAACACGCACCCGCUGACGUAACUAAAGAAAGCAGUCCUGUGCAAGCUGUUUUCGUUGAUAACAAAUUAUCAACUAAAGAGGCGGUAAAAGAACCUUCUCCUAAGAUCGAGGACACUGCCAAGUCGCCUGUGGUUAACACGCAGACAAGGACAGUGAUCCCUAAUGACGUUGUCGACCACGCGAAAGUGAACGAAGAGAUCCUGGCGAUGUUCACGCAACACAAUGAAAAGAUCUUCCAGUUGCGUCGCGGGUCCAACGACGAAAAAGCGUCGUCGGUAACGGCAACGAUUACCGAGAAGAAUACCGAAAGUGAGACGUGUACCUCAAGUAAUAACGCAUCAACCGACACUGUCGCCGCCACCACUACGACAACUACCGCCGCCACGCUUAAACCACCAUCGCUCAAAUAUACUUACAAGGAGGAUCAGUGGAGUCCCAUAAACAUGGGCGGCAAGAAGAUCUACGACAGAGACUUCUUGAUGAAGUUGCAAUAUGAUCCUAAUAGUAAGAUUAAGCCGGUGAAUCUGCCGAAUCUCCAGGUUAUUCUAAAGGACAAUGUUAAGAAUACGAAUGAAGUCAUGGAUUUAAGGUUCAAGGAUGCAAACAUCACUAGACACGACGCGUUGAUGCCCGGAUUCGCGAAGACGAGUAUGAACGCCCGGCUGGCACCAACGAGUCGUAAGAGCGAUCGAGGCGGCAAACCAAAUAAGCCAACCAAGGGUCCAGUCAUCUCGCUGUCUCUCAGUGAGGAUGUAAAGUUGAGAGAAACGGAGAACGCUUGGAAACCAGCGAGGUUAAAGCAUAAUAAUCUCACUGAGGAUCAAGAGGAGACACUAUUCGUCAACAAAGCGGUGCGGAGUAUACUGAAUAAGCUCACUCCACAAAAAUUCACGACUCUGGUGGGGCAAGUGCGACGUUUAAAGAUUAAUACGCCAGAGCGUCUGCAAGGAGUCAUCAAUCUCGUCUUCGAGAAAGCCGUCGACGAGCCCAGUUUCUCCGUGGAGUACGCGUUGUUGUGUAAGGAAUUGGCCAUGAUGGAGGUUGUAGAAUCCGAUAGUCAAGACAGCCCCGUCAGCUUUAAGAAGCUCAUUAUCACGCGUUGUCAAAAGGAAUUUGAGAAAAAUCCCAUUGACGAUGUCGCGAGAACCAGAAAACUCAAGGAGAUAGAAGAAUGCACGGAUAAUGAAAAGAAAAAGGAGUUGCAAUUGGCUUUCGAAGAGGAGGAACGUCGAAUACGUGUAAAAUCCGUAGGAAAUAUUCGAUUUAUUGGUGAAUUGUACAAGCAACAAAUGUUGACUACCAAGAUCAUGCAUCGCUGCAUCCGACAUUUAUUGGAUCAGAAUGAUGAGGACAACCUGGAGUGUUUGUGCAAGUUGUUAACGACAAUUGGCAAGGACUUGGAAUUCAAAGGAUCCGUUGAGGAAAUGCAAGAAUACUUCAACAGGAUGCAGGAAAUUGUCUCCCGAAAGAAUCACAGCAAAAUUAGUUCCAGAAUCCGUUUCAUGCUCCAAGAUGUCAUAGAUCUAAGAGCGAAUAAGUGGAUCCCGAGGAGGAAUGAAAAUAAUCCCAAGACGAUAGACCAAAUUCAGAAAGAAGCAGAAUCUGAGAGGCUCGACAUGCAACUGAACAGCGCUCCCCUGAAUACGCCUCGUAAAGAUGACCGCAACAGUGAUAGAAAAAGAAAUCGUGGUGGACUAUGUGGUCCUACUGACGAUGGUUGGAGUCAACCAGUAGGAAGAGUGAGACCCACGACAUAUUCGGUAGAAACGGCGAAGUUGAAAAAUAAACCGCCACCAAUGGACGAUAUGCAACUUGGUAAUAGGGCGUCUUACUUGUGGAGAGCUACCACUCCAUCCAACAAUUCCAAGACAAUAAGUUCGAAUAAGUUUGCAUGCUUAGAGAAUAUGUCGAAUUUCGAAAAUCAGGACAGAAGAAUGCCAUCGUUACCGCUCUCCGGAUCGAGAUCGACAGGUCCAAGGGAAUGUGGUCGUGACUACAAAUCUUCCUAUGACAGUAGGAGUUCUCGUAAUGGUCAUCAGUUGAGCAGUGCGUCGUCGAGUAGAGAAAGUUCGUUGUUGAAUAGCUCGCAGAGUCGGAACGUGUCGAUGCCUCCGCUUCUAAUGAAAUCCGCCUCGCAAUCCGGAGCGAUUAACCAUAAACCUCCGAUGUCGGAGCAAGAAUUCACCAAGACUUUCAACAGCGUAUUAAAAGACUUCUUCUCGGAACCGAUCGUUGAAAACACUGGACUAGACGUUCAACAAAAGUUCGAUAAUACAACCUUCGGCAAGUUCAUGCGAGAAUGCAUUAAUCACGUUCUCGAGAAAUCGCCUAACGACAGGAAUCACAUGUCGAAGUUGUUGUCCCACUUACUGAAACAAAAUAUCGUACCUGUGCAAUCGUUUAAGAAUGGUCUUGGAGAAGUAUUGGAGGACGUCGACGAUUUGGUUAUCGAUAUACCAAAAAUCUGGACGUAUCUAGCGGAAAUAGUGUCGCAUUCGAUAGCGGACGAAGCUAUCGCAUUAUCCGAAAUGGAGAGUAUAUUUAUAAGUUUAAGGAGUCAAGGCUCCGUCGGCAAGUUUAUCGGUGAACUUCUGACGCAAGCAGUUUGUAUUAAAGGAGAAGAAUGGAUUAGCAAGAAAUGGAACCAAAGCGGACUUCAAUUGAGUAAUUUAAUUGACCCGGAACGAGAAGAUAUCGAAAAAAUCACCAGGGAAUAUAGUUUGGAGUUCCUAACUGGUGAUUGUAAACGUGCCAAACGCCCCGCUACUACCAUGGAAGUGAACCAACCGAAUCAACCAGGUCCAUCGGGACUGUCGAGUCAAAUCCCGAAACAGCGAAUUCAAGAUCAUCUCCAAAGGCUCAUGAAAGAAAAUACUUCUUUCGACGAAAUUUGUAAUUGGAUUGCUACAAAUGUUGGAGAUAAAUAUAAAGAACCUACUUUUAUAAGGGAGCUAAUGACUGCCAUUCUAGAAACCACGAUGGAACAACAUCAUGAUACCUGGAAAUUAAAUGUAGAGGCCUUUGGAAAUUUGCAAACGUUACUUCAACGGUUCAUCGAUGCGAGUGAGGUCUUGGAAUUGCAGUGUCUUUACGCGAUUCAAUUGUACAUGAAUAAAAUUGAAUUCCCAUCCGGUAUCCUCAACCUCAUCAUGAACAAGCUGUGGCUGGACAAUGUGAUAUCAACCGAUGCAUUCUUGACGUGGCAGCGGCACCCGGAAGAGCACGAAGGUCACGCCGUCGCAAUGGUUGCGCUUACGUCGUUUUUCACUGACUUGCAAGAACCAGAUGAUAAUUCCAGUGUAGAAGAGUUAUCAACUAGUGCGAAUCAGGGCUGUUGACGAUACUUUGGUUGGUCGAUUACAUUAUCGUCUAUUAAAAAGACUUAAACACGCGUUUCCACAUUAAAAGAAAAAAAAAAACUACAAGGCACGAAAUCAAAUUGCAGUUGUGCUCUUCUCUGUAAAGGGGGAAAUGCGCUCAAGUAUUGAAGAAAGGAACGAUGCGAUAAAUAACAAUAAAGUGACUUGUGAAUGUAUGUAAUAUAAUAUAGGACUCUACGACUCUCUCUAUCAAUGAGUAAAGGGGUGUUGAAGAAUGCCGACGAAAGAAAGAAAAACGAUACACAACAGCUGUAUUUGCGAUUAUAUUAUACAUAAUGAAGAUAAAGUUUAAUUAUUAAUUACUACAGAAAUAUACAAAAUAAUUAUUAUAUAAUUCAAUAAAAUGAUUCAAAGUUUAAAUAAAGCAAAAAAAACAGCAAGAAAAUUAUUAUCGUGUUUCUUAUGCAAAGUGUCUCUGCGGGAUCCGUAAGCGAGAAGUAAGAUCGAUCACUCAAUGAAAAAUAUCGAGGAAACACGUUCUUUUUCAUGCUUGGGAACGGGAAGGCUCCGACAGUACUUCCAAUCACAUUAACGCUAAUAUCGAAGAUCACAACCGAAGUGCUUGCUACAUGAUUUUAGGUAACGAAUCGCAAAAUCAGAAUACAUAAUCGAGUAAGUCAAUUUUAAGUGGAAGUAAAUUGGGCAAGAAAGAAGAAAAAAAAGCAACUACUUGAGAUAACCAAGUCUGACAGUGACUGACAUGGUUCUUCCUAUUAUUGUAACAGGAUACGAUACACAUAUGUAUAUGUAUAUAUGUAUAUAUAAAUAUAUGUGUAUGUAUGUAUAUAUAUAUGUAUGUAUGUAUAUGUAUAUAUAUGUGUAUAUGUAUAUAUAACAAAAUUACUAAUUUAUAUCUUUGCAAAUAAGAGCCCAUAAUGUAUUAUAUUAUAAGAAAGGACUUUUUUUUGAAAUACGAUAAGACGGAGACAAAUAGAAGGAGACAGUGGAUGGAUAUAUAUUGCGGAAUUAGGAGAUCUGUAGAACGCGUUGAAGUUAGGAAAUGAAAAGGAAAACGACAAAAUGAUGUAUAUUAAGGUAUUUUUUAACGCUAGCUAUUUAUAAUUACUGAAAGAGAGAAAGGGGGAGUAUAGAGCAUACAGAAUGUUUGAACGUAUGUCCGUGGCAAGUGGUAUAGCGAAUUGUAUAAAAUUGUUGUUAACUGAGUUAAAGAACAGCGUGUGAGUUCAUCCUUGUUUCAAACAUUAUAGGAGAGAUUGAUUUUGAGUAUGUAUGUGCGUAUGCUUGUAUGCGUGUGCAGGUGUGUGUACAGCUAUCAAAGAAAUAUUGUUUCGGCAUGUAUUGUAGCGCCACCACACGAUUUACUUUGUAUUUUGAGUAUCCGGGAAGGCGCCAACACGACUUUCCAGACGAAUGGAUAACAUUGUAUAACUACUUAUUUCUGAUAUAUUUUUGCGAAAAUAUAUCAAAGCGAUUUCUUUGCUUUGUUUUGGUAUAUACAUAAAUUAUUUAUCAGUCUCUCGGACCAUUUUUCAAGUACGAACACAUGGACGAAUCAACAUUUGAUUGAUUGCUUUGAAACAUAGUUAUAUAUUGUAUGUAAAUAUAUAUAUUAUUAUUUAAGUAUA